UGAAUGGCCCAUUGAGGUCGAGGCAUGAUUCAGAGCAAAGCCUGAGGUCAAACACUGUAAAGUCAUGAUAAAGAAAAAGCAUUGCAAUAAGACAAGGCACUGUAAGAGUUUCAACGGGCCCCUUCAUCAGCACUAUGUCAUGAAUGAGCUUUAGAUGGGCUCUCUUACCUGCAUCUAAUCAUUUAUAAGGCCUUCGUGUGCUCUCAUAAACAACUAAUGAACUCCACUUUCUUUCAGUAGUCAUCAUUCUAUCUGUAUUUCGUUUCAGAAGUUCGCAGAACACCACGAGAAGUGCACAAUAUAUACAGAUUUGUAGGUAGAGAAGUGUGUUGGUAAGCUUCUAAAGAUGGGUCCUUUAUCAUCAAGGUAUGUCUUCUGCCUCGUCUCUUUUCUGCUGUUGAUACAGUCCCACAGUAGGUUUGUUAUGUACUCCAAUCCAUGCCACACAUCCUUCUCCUUCCCAAACUUUAAUCAUCACACCUCCCCAAUAACCCUGUUGGGAGAUGCAGCAGUACAGUUUUUCAAUGAAGGGUCUGCUGUGAGAUUAAGUGGGUCCUCACCUAGAAGUGCAGGGCGUCUCAUGUAUGGAAAGCCCAUCAGGCUGGUCCAGCCCUUUGCACACAGGUCCUCUGUUUCUUUUUCGUCAUACUUUUCCUUCUCUAUGUCCGCCGGUAAUGGGGAUGGCAUAGCCUUUGUGAUUUUGCCAGGUGGGUAUCCCUCAGGAGGUCUGGACGGGCAGUGGUUUGGGUUGUUUUCACAAAACAAGGGGUCUGGAUCUGUUUCCCAUAUACCCAAUCUAUUUGCUGUGGAGUUUGACUCUGUACUCAACAAGGAGGUCAUGGAUGUGAAUGCUAACCAUGUGGGUAUUGAUAUAGAGAGCUUAAUUUCCACUAAGAGUGCUGAUGUUUCUGAGAUUAAACUUAUUCUCAAUGAUGGCUCCCAACUGCAUGCUUGGAUCGAUUAUGAUUCAUGGUCCAAAAUUGUAGAGGUUAGACUGAGCAAAUCAGGUCUCGUUAGGCCCUCUGUGCCGCUGAUUUCCCAUCCCGUUGAUCUCUCUAGCCUGUGGAAGGAUGAAAUGUAUAUUGGGAUUAGUUCCUCCAGUGGGGACCCUUCUCAGAUCAAUCUUGUUUAUUCAUGGAAUUUCACUAGCAGCCCUUUCCGUUGGCCUCAACACUCGUUCCCUGCGAAUCCUCAUGCAAACUCUUUACAGAAUGGACCAAAUUCCUCACGCCAGAGAUCCGAUGAUCUUUCGGGCAUUCUUUUCUCCCUGCUGUUUGGUAUUGGAUGCGGUGCGUUGGCUGCAUUGAUCAUGUUCUUAGUGUGGUCCUUCCUUAUUAGUAGGUCUGUGUUUAAAUCCACAGAGUUUGGUUACCAAAAAAUUGCAAUGGCUGGUGCAACGCACCCUGAAGAUUUUGGGUGCAGAAAAAUUGCAGUGACAGGUGACAAGGACGCUCUAGGUGACAAGGAAGCUCUCGGUGACAACAUCAAGUAGGGUUUUGUAAUUAACCUGGUUUGUUACCACCUUCUACAUGGAUGGAUACGGUGUACAGCUUAAAUUCCUUGAAGAUGUUGGUAAUGCUUACUAAACAGUUAGCUGCAGAAACAUUUGUUUUUGAAGUAGAAGUAUAUUUUCUUAGCGGAUCUGACUGAACAGUUCGUGGCAAAACUGUGCAAUAGAUAAUUUAAGUGUCUAGGACGUUAAAUGUUGAUGUUAUAAGUAGUACUAUUUCCAAGAAUUACUUAGAAUAUGUGCUGUUUCUUCAUGUUAAUUUGGCAGCAGGAAAUUGGAAAUUUGUAUAUAUGAUAUACUUGAUAAUUUUUAAAGCAUAGCAAGUCUUAACUAUUA